AUGCCAGCCAACAGGGUUGUGAUAAAGUGGGAAGUAUCUUCUGCGGUGCAGUGUGUCAACCACACUCACUCCUUUAUGUGUGGGCGGCUGCAGCGGCUGCUCUUUGCCUGUCGGUAUGGUGAGGGUUACUUAGCACCAGGAAGUUAUGAAAGUGACACUGAACACCAUGGAAAUGGACCGGAGGAUCCUAUAUCCUUCCAGCCCAUGGGAUCAGAGAGGAUGGAGAUGCGAAAGAGGCAGCUGUCGGGGCAGCAGGAGGCGGUGGCGGGGGUGACAGUGACGGCGCCGGCGCAGCAGGGCCAGGCGGGCCAGGGCCAGCGCGCCUCCAACGCCUGCUGCUUCUGCUGGUGCUGCUGCUGCAGCUGCUCCUGUCUCACUGUUAGGAAUGAAGACAGAGAGGAGAGGAACCGGAGAGCCUCGUAUGACGUCAAAGCGGAGGGCACGACAGACUGUGAGGAGAGCCCGAAGCCCACUGUGGAUGAGGUGCGCUUGUGGGGGCAGUCCUUCGAUAAGCUAAUGCACUGUCCGGCCGGCCGCAGUGCCUUCCGCCAGUUCCUGCGCACCGAGUUCAGCGAGGAGAACAUGCUCUUCUGGCUGGCCUGCGAGGAGUUCAGCAAGGAGACCAACAAGAGCGCCAUCGAGGAGAAAGCACGCCUCAUAUACGAGGACUACAUCUCCAUCCUCUCACCCAAAGAGGUGAGUCUGGACUCGCGAGUACGGGAGGUCAUCAACAGGAACAUGCUGGAGCCCACGUCUCACACUUUCGAUGACGCCCAGCUGCAGAUUUACACGCUAAUGCAAAGAGACUCAUACCCGCGAUUCAUAAACUCCCCGGUCUACAAAAACCUGCUGAAGAGCGUCUCUGAGCAGUCUCCAGAAUCCUAGAUCUCUGUGAUCCCGCUCCAAUAACCCCUCCCCUU